GUCGUAAUCUUGAAGUGUGGACGAGAGGACGCGGCUGCUCGCUCUCCGUCUUCUCGCUGAGGGGGUCGUGUCUCUCCCUCUCCCUCUCCCUCUUUGGUUCUUCAGGUUAUUUAUCAUCUCCCCUCCCCCCCCCCUUUUUAUUGUCCCAUUUUAAUUCAGUAAUUCAGGUAUGUCGCUGGAUCCAUCUUUUGUUGUUGUUGUUGUUCGUCUGCGUGAGGUAUGUCGAUUAUACAACCCGGUUUUAAGGUUUGGGUUCAAAUCGGGUUAUGUUUUGGCGUGGGAGUGACAAAGCAUCACCUCUGAGAUACCUGAUUUUUAUGUAAAUUAAACAGUGCAUGACACAAGAAAAAAGAAAACAACGUCAUCAUUUCAUUCAUUGCGUUUUUAUAACUCUAGCAUAAAAAGCCACUUUGUCCCAUAAAACACUAAGUGUGGGGUAAUGACCAUUAGGGUUGUCGAGAUGGAACCAGAUCUCCUUGACACGUGCCCUUUUUGUUUGUUUGUAUUUGUCGUUGUGUGAUUAUUUCCCUUGGCGUCGGUGUUAUUUCGUUUCUUUUAAAGUGUGUAGAUAAUCAACAUGUCACGAGAGACGUUGAAAGUCGUGGUGGCGGCGCUGGCUCUGGGUCUGCUAAACGGCACAUUGGGAACUUCGGCAGAACAGGUGCAAGACAACACAAUAUCCGAUCCAAAAAUUUCAAAUUCUUUCGACAAGGGCUCUGUGCUUGGAGAAGCUUGCGUCAUCAACAAACACUGUACUGUUGCAAAGAGUGUGUGCAUGCAAGGAAGAUGCAGCUGCUCUCAGCAUUAUCUUCAGGUGGAUAAGACCACGUGUUUACCUGGCGUGCUCCUCGGCUUCCGGUGCCAAGUCGACGCCCAGUGCAGCCUGCGGGUCGGCCACUCGGCGUGCAUCCAGGGCUUCUGCAGGUGCGGCGCCAACUACGUCCCCUACAGGAGGAACAACUGCCUCAAACGGGCCGUCCUGGGACAAGUCUGCCGGACCCACGAGCAGUGCCGCCUCGGUGCCUCUGGCAGCUUCUGCAGCUUCAUAGUGCCACGAGUCUACGGCCACUGCCAGUGCCUCGAUCACGCCCCGCGCAUCGGCAACACCUGUGGACACGUGCGAUACACUCUUGGCUCCCCCUGCGGCACGAGCGCCCAGUGCAGCGCCCACGUGCCCGGCUCCGUGUGUGUCAUCCAGGAGACCGAGGUGGCCAAGGAGAGGGCCUCCCCCAACAGCAUCUCCGCCAUACCCGGGGUGUUCCCGAUGCCCAUAGGCGUGCCCAAGGCCGUGUGCGCGUGUCCCAAGGGGCAUCUGGAGGGCGAGGAUGGGGCCAGGUGCAUCCCCGUGCUCAAAGACGCCGGCGUCAUCCCCGCCUCCCUGGGUCAGCGCUGUGAGUCGUCGCGCCAGUGCAGGGAGUCGGACCCCUACACAUUCUGCCGAGGGGGCUUCUGCCACUGCAUCGUCGACACGCCCCAGUGCUCCGCCUCCAACACAGGCUGCCACAAGGACACUUUCCAGUGCGCUUCGGACGGUCGCUGCCUCAGCUGGUAUUUCGUCUGCAACGGCAUCAGGGACUGCUUUGACGGGUCGGACGAGGACUCCUGCGUGCCCCACAGGUGUCCGAAGCUGGCCCACACCUGCGCUGACGGCACCUGUAUCUCCAGGGCGCGGCUGUGCGACGGGAAGGUGCACUGUCCGGACGGCUCUGACGAAGCCAACUGCCGCGGGGCGUCGUGUCCUUCGUCAACCUUCCAGUGCGGCGACGGUCGCUGCCUGCCCGCCUUCGUCUUCUGCAACGCGAAGCCGACGUGUCUGGACGGGAGUGACGAGGUUGAGGAGGCGUGCAUCCAGGGCUCCAUCACCGCCCGCUUCUGCCCCUUCAGGUGUGGCAAUGGGCGGUGCAGAUCGACCGCCAUUCUCUGUUCAGGCUCCGAUGGCUGCGGGGACAACAGCGACGAGGAAAAAUGUUCGGUUUGCAGUUGCACGAGACCGACGAUAGCGUAGCAGUGACAAGCAGGAGAGAAACGCAAGUUCCCCCAUCUCCCCACCCCCCUCACUGCUCGACCUUCAUUACACAGACGCGGUUCUGAAGUCGAUCUAUUUCACUGUUGUAUGAUUACUUAUUACCAUUAUUUGUAUAUACGCAUUUUAAAGGGAUUUAUAUAGGAGAAAUGGCUGUAGUGUAAGACAGCUUCUUAGGAAGGUAAAUGGCACUGUGAUGAUCGUUGCAUCGCGGGUGGCAGUAUGGCAUGUACGUUCUUGCAGUGCCGUUCGUUGCUACUGUACAGUGGUCAUUUAGCCAGCAGGUCAGUAACUACUAUGUUUUAGAAGCCUGUGAUUGGUUAGAACGCUCUGAACUUCAGGAAAAUUGCAUUCCAAUGUUUAGCAUCAGAGAUAGAUUUUUAUGACACAAGACAUAGGUGUAUGAUCUUUUAAAGAUUAGAGCUUCUGUUUGAAGGGUGGCUAUAUUCAAAUUUCACCCAUUAUGAAAAUAGAAUACUUAUAGAUUUGAUAACGUCACGCCAUUCAGAGUCAAUAUCAGGCAAUAAGAUAAUAAUAUGACCUUUCCUGGCCUUUCUUUUUAUCAAGUAAUAUGUAUAUACACGUCAAAAUAUCCAUAUGUUGGAUACACGGAGAAUGAAUGAUAUAAUGCACUUUUAUUCCUUGUUUCAAGCAUGAUGUUUUUUUCUGUAACUUAAUUUCAAUUUAUCGAUAUUUUAUGUUGGAAUGGAAUGUAGCCUUGGCUGGCUUUUGAAAAAAAAAAUGAGGUCACGAUGACUCAACAUAUAGUUACAAUGUUUUGUGAAAUUAUAAUAUAAACACAGUUCUUUGUUAUAUAUCCAUACGUCCUUCACAGAUAUUUCCUGACUACAGCUUUGUUGAAAAUGAAAACUGAAUGGUGACCUUUGAUAUUAUUAUUAUUGUUCUUAUCAUUAUUAUUAUAAUAAUUAUUAUUAUUGUUAUUAUCACUGUUAUUAUCACUAUUAAUCAUCAUAAUAGUAAAAUUAUUAUUAUUAUUAUCACUGUUAUCAUUAUUAUUAUUAUUAUUAUCAUUUUCAUUAUUAUUAUUAUCUCAUUUAUAUUCUUUUCGUAUGUCGCCAUUCUCUUAUCAUAUAUUCAAAGGUAAUUUGUAUUCGUAUGUGUGUUUUAUGGUGCUAUGUUCGAGUAAUGUUAUUGUGACUUUGUGAAUGGAAUUUCCAUACAUGUUAUUCGCUUACUUAGUACAUUUUCUCCGAAUGACACGUCACCCUCACAAAGUCACAUUAAUGUCAUUAUUUUUAUAUUUAAUAUCUUAGAUAAUGUACUGUAUCUUAAGCUCUUUUUCAACAGAAUAAAUGAUUGAGUGUAAA